CGCCCUUUUGAGAAAUUGUGGAAACGAAGACAAUAAUUGCUUGCCGCCCCCGUUCAGUCCCCGUCGCCCAAUCAAUUCAUUAGCCAUCUUCUCAGUCAUCUCAUCAUCCAUUCCAACCCCAACGCCACUUGCCCUCUCCUUUCGGCCCCUUUCCCUUCCUCUCCCUAAACCAUCCUCCUCCUCCCUUACGCGCAUUGCAGCACAACUGAGUCCCUCCGCUCCAACUCCGCCCAAAACCCUAACCCUUCAAUCAGGGAUACCUGAAACCCUAACCUUUCCUAUCCGCUCCAUUCUUGCGGCGGAAUCUUUGCUCCGGUCCUACUAGGGCGCUAGCAAUAUUUCUUACUCUACCGCCUGCAAGUAAUUCCAAGAUGGAUGGGGGCGGAGCGACGCUCGUCUCUCACUCGCCCGAAGAUGUUUUUCGAGACUUCAGAGGCCGCCGCGCCGGCAUGAUCAAGGCUCUCACUACUGAGGUCGAGAAAUUCUACCAUCAGUGUGAUCCUGAAAAAGAGAACUUGUCUCUUUAUGGAUUUCCUAAUGAGACAUGGGAAGUAAACUUGCCAGCUGAAGAAGUGCCGCCAGAACUCCCUGAACCAGCCCUUGGAAUCAACUUUGCUCGGGAUGGAAUGACUGAAAAUGAUUGGCUGGCUCUAGUAGCAAUCCAUAGUGAUUCGUGGUUACUUGCUGUUGCCUUCUAUUUUAGUGCACGCUUUGGCUUUGACAAAGAGUCAAGAAGACGACUUUUCAACAUGAUCAACAAUCUCCCUACUAUAUAUGAAGUUGUAACAGGGUUGGCCAAGAAGCAGGUAAAGGAGAAAAACCCUAAUAGAAGCAAUAAGAACAAGUCAAGCUCUAAGUGUUAUAUUUCUCAGAGGUCCAGUGAAGCAGAGGUUCGCAAGUCACUACCGUCUAUGCCUCCUUACAAAGAUGAUGAAGACGAUAUCAGGGAGGGUCAUGAAGACUACGAGGAGCAUGAUAACACUUUAUGUGGUUCAUGUGGUGAAAAUUAUGGUAACGACGAGUUCUGGAUAUGCUGCGACAUUUGUGAACAGUGGUUUCACGGGAAGUGUGUCAAGAUCACACCUGCUCGUGCGGAGCACAUCAAGCAGUACAAAUGCCCAAGCUGCAGCCACAGUAAGAGGAUUAGAGCAUGAGACAACGUGCAGUUUCAGAUGGUUUCUAACACCGAGAAAUCACUUUAGAUUCUAGACUAAACAUUUUUGUGUGUUGAGCUUGAUGUCGAUCGCUCUUCUCGCUCAAGCUUUGUACUUGUUUGUAUUAGGUGGCUAGAUAUAUCUAAUUUGGAUGAUCAGAAGAAAGAUUUCUCUUGCAUUUAAUCUUGAAUUUAAUUGUCUUAUUUUUGUUUCC